AAGGGCGCGUUAGAUGGUAUUCUUCUAUCGUGCUUUUGUAGGGUCUGAAUUCCCCUCCCACCUCUAGUGUCAAAAAGGGAUGGAAGCCUCCUCCUAUUAUGUUACCCACAAUCAAAGGAAAAAAGGGUGGGCUUGUUUAGUUUAUCUGUGUUCUUGUGCGACAAUAAAGUGGAUGCUACAUAACACUAACGAAGAACUGACGUGGGCUUGUCUUUUGUUUCUCAAACUAUUGAAUUUCUGUGAUGUUAAACACGAUAACUUCUCUAAGUAAUAAUAAUUGAAAGAAAGACAAUGCAAAUGCAGCCAGAGAAACAUGUUACAAAUUAAUGAGUCUUGGGAACAACCUAAUACAACUUAAAUGUUUUA